GCUAAAAUGGCGGCGGCCGGUGCCAGGACCGCUCGGCUGCUCCUGCUCCUGCUGAUGGCGGCCGCAGCCCCCAGCCGGGCGCGGGGCAGUGGUUGCCGGUCUGGGGCCGCCGUGCGAGGGGUGGGGGUGGAAGGCCGAGAGGGUGAAGGCUGUGGCACCGUGGGGCUGCUGCUGGAGCACUCAUUUGAGAUCGAUGACAACUCCCACUUCCGGAAGCGGGGCUCAAUACUCUGGAACCAGCAGGACAGCACCUUGUCCCUGUCACAGCGGCAGCUCAACGAGGAGGAGCGGGGCCGACUCCGGGAUGUGGCAGCCCUGAACGGCCUGUACCGUGUCCGGGUCCCACGACGGCCUGGGGCCCCUGAUGGUUCAGAAGCUGGAGGCUAUGUCUCUUCCUUUGUCCCUGCGUGCUCCCUGGUGGAGUCCCACCUCUCGGACCAGCUGACACUGCACGUGGAUGUGGCUGGCAACGUGGUGGGCCUGUCAGUGGUGACGCACCCCGGGGGCUGCCGGGGCCACGAGGUGGAGGACGUGGACCUGGAGCUGUUCAACACAUCUGUGCAGCUGCAGCCGCCAGUCACGGCCCCAGGCCCAGAGACAGCGGCCUUCAUCGAGCGCUUGGAGAUGGAACAGGCACAGAAGGCCAAAAACCCCCAGGAGCAGAAGUCCUUUUUCGCCAAAUAUUGGCACCUCAUCCUGGGGGGGGCUGUGUUGCUCACAGCCCUGCGUCCUGCUGCCCCUGGGCCCGCGCCAUCACCGCAGGAGGCCUGA